AUUCAUGGCGUAUGUUUGGCAUAUUUGGUUUCCGCCUGUUGUACGUUUCACCGUGUCAGUUUGUUAUAAUAUUCGGUUUGAAGAACUGUGAUUUCAUCCAGCUCUUUCAAUCGGAUCAAAAAAUGUCCAAGGAAUCCGUAUCGCAUAAAGUAUCCGAUGCUCUUCAGAGAAAACUGCGUUCACAACGUGCGCUAGCCCGGGAACUACGUCUACCGCCGUCUACGCCAUCCAAUCCACCGGAUCCGUCAGAAAAGCCGGAAGUUUCAGUGUCCAUUGCUAAUGAUAGCGUGGCAGGCGUGAAGGCAAAGCUUGGCCUUAUCGAUACGUGCUUUUCCGAGAACCCAACGCCUGCGUUCGAAGACAUUGUUUCCUUUCCGGAAUCCUACAAACGGCUGGGUACGAAGGAAAAACUAGUGUUGUUGUUCGCGGAGAAUUUUCGACGUCAGUAUAAAGAACGGUUUCUGCAUCGGAAACCACCGAUCCUGGCGCUGCCGAACGAGUGUGGCGUUCAAAAGUUUGUGUGUACCACGAUAAAGCCAUCGAUAUUCCUUUUUCCCGAUUUGAUCGGAUCAUGGGAGGACAUCGCGUCCUUUGUUGCGGAUUACAUCGUUUACGAGCCGCUACCGGAUCAAGUCAAUAUGCCAACUCGUCUUCUCUCACCGAGCACCAUUCUCAAGCGUCGCAAGGCAAACAGCUUCGAAUUGGCCACCCUUCUGUGCAGCUAUCUUAUAGGUAACGGAUUUGCGGCGUGCGUGGUGUCCGGUUACGCUACGCGGGAGAUCGUCAACAACGACCAACGCAGGGUUUGCUGUCCCUACAUACCGACCCAGACGGAGGAGGGCAGCGCGGAUGAGGUGAUUGAACCGAGCAAGUAUCAGUUGCGAGAUCCACCCGAUUUGCGCAGCCGCUAUCUGCUUGAGCUGGAAGAAGAAAAAGUGAACAAGAUCAAGGAGGAGGAACGAAAACGCGAGGAAGCUCACCUGAAGGAAAUCGAAGAUUUGGAACGCCCCACGGAGGAUAAUAAACGAGGUCAUCGAGUUCAUGCGUGGAUUGCCGUGAUUAUGAAUGCACCCUGGUGCUACAAGCCGGGCUAUCGUGAGACCACGAUCGAUCCCAACACCGGUGAAAAAGUGCUGCUUCCUCCUAGUGCCUUCUUUAUUGAACCAGCUUCCGGUUUUCGUUUCGAAGUUGAUUCACCAAAUUAUCUGGGUAUUGAAAGCGUUUGGAAUCAACACAAUUACUAUGUUAACAAACAAGAUCCCAUCACGGAUAUCAAAAGCAUUCGCUGGGAUUUUAAAAACACCAACGAUUGGGAACAUUUUCUACCGGGAGAGCCAUUUGAGCUACGGGACGAUUGUCAAAUUCCCGAAGAUCAAGAGCCACUGACCACGGAGGAAGAGCUGGAAAAGGAGAAACAUCUGGAUUUACCUACCUCCUGGGUAGGUCCACUGUCCAUUUCGAUGGCAGAGUUCGAACAGCGAUAUCCAGAGGGGAGGAAGGUGACCUACUUCAAACGAGCGAUUUACGAACGCUUUGCACCAUACUCGAACUUGCUUGGCCUAAUCAAGCGGCUAACGCUGUUCGAGACUUUAAACUACGAAAACUCAACGACGCGCUGGGAGUGGUACAUUAAUCGCGACGACGCUUUGACGAUGAUUGUGUAUGACUACGCCAAUAAUGAGAUAGAAGAAGUAUUCGCCAAAGGUCGGAUGGAUUCUUUGAAAGCGUUGAGGCGAAGCUCGGAAUCGAACCGAGAGUGUCGGUUGAUGUUUUUUCACCAGUAUCGAUUCGAUUCUUUGAAAGAACUUGUCUAUCAUCCUACAUAUGUGCAGGAGCAUUAUGAUCGCAGAGAAGAUUUGCUAUUUUUUCGCGAGUUCAAAAACGUUGCCAGAGAUCCCGUCACCAUGGAGGAUUGUAAGUUGACGCAAAUAACGGAAAAGUAUCACCGUAACCCGGAGAAGGAAGCCGUCCGGGAUAUUGCCACCAGAAUGUGCCACGUUGAUGCGAAUCGAAUUGUGUUACAAUUCCAUUAUGGUGAUGAUUGCAUUACAGCUUCUACGCGCGAAUUCAUCAAACCAGCCAAAUCGGAAAUGGGCGAGGAGGUUGCUUACAAUCCACAGUGUACCACUGGCUAUAUUUCCAACCCAUGGGAUCCUCAACCGACUCACUUGGAACUGUUUCUUCUACUGAAAGAACAGAUGAAAGCUGAGGAAGCAUCAACUCGAUCCUUCUAUCGACGGGUAGUGGAAAUCGAAACUCUGCUGAGAGAGCGCAAGAGACAAAUCGACUCGCCGAAGCUGUCGUUCAGUUUGUUCGACCCGUUGCGAAAUGCAGAAGCCCGCCGCAUACGGUUGGAGAAAUAUGAGAAAGCUCGCGCCCGGGAAGAACUCAUCAAGCAACAGCAGGCGGACUUUUUGGCUCCGUACCUGUUGAGGUUGUCCGAAAGUAACACCAACCACCAUAAGCUGAUGGCUGCCUACCAGAGCUGUAAGGACGACUUGCGGAAAUUCUACAGUGGACUGGAGGACGAGAUGAAAGUUCGUUUGGACGAGCUGCUAUCCGAGGAACACUCGUUGCGCAGAUUUUUGAGCAAGUAUCAGGAGCAUUUCGAGGACGAAGAAUACGACAAAUUUAUCACGGAGGGAGAGAACAUCGAACUGAACAAAAACGUGGUACAGAUGCGGAUCGACAAUCUUCGUGAUGAGUACCGGAUGAAGGCAGAACAUCUGGAGAAGGCGCUGUACGAGGAUGAAAGAUUGAGUGAUUCAUCGCCGUUGGGGAAAACGCAAUAAGUUUUUUGGGUGAUUUUUGAGUAAAAUUUGUAGUUUUCUAAACAUUUGAGUGCAUUUUGAUUUUUUCAAUAUAUCAGCUUGAAUACAGUUAUAUUUAUUUAAUCUGAAAGAAAUACAAAAU